AUGGUCCAUAAAAUAAUAUCCCAAGCGCCUCAAAUCAAGAAGGAGGAUGGCUUAGCCAAUUUGAUUGGUCAGUUUGGCAAGUGGCAAUGCAUAUUGCUUCUAACAAUCUCCUUAGUAAAGCUGUCUUCGGGAUGGGUGCAGAUGACUAUAAUAUUUCUGACUCCAAAGUUGAUUUUUUGGUGCAAAACCUUCAAAAAUUCAAGUAUAACUGGAGAGAGUAUGAAAUGUUAUGAGGAUUGUCUAGAAUAUGAGUACGAUACGUCGCCGUUUGGAAACACUAUAAUAUCGGAGUGGGAUCUCGUAUGCGGCAGGAGUUGGCUGACGAGCUUUACGCAGAUGGUCUUACAGUUUGGAAUCUUGCUGGGCAGCAUCUUGUUUGGAUUUCUGUCUGACAGAUAUGGCAGAAAGAAUGCAUUCCUAGUAUCAAUAACUACCCUCAUCAUAUUCGGAUUCGCCAUCUCUUUCGCUCCAGACUACAUAACUUUCACCGUCCUAAGAUUUUUUCAAGGAGUAGCAACUGCGGGAACUAUGGUCAUCUCUUUCGUUAUGGUCAUGGAGGGCAUAGGACCGAAGUAUCGAGAAAUAUGCGGAUGUCUUUUCCAAAUACCCUUCAUAAUAGGACACAUGACAAUCCCACUGUUCGCUUAUUUCUUUAGAGAUUGGAACCAUUACAGUUUAGCUUUAGCGAUACCGCCUUUAAUAUAUUUAGGGUACUUCUUUGUACUCGCAGAAUCUCCACGAUGGUUGAUAACUAUGGGAAAAGUUGAGGAAGCGACGAAAAUAGUUAAGAGAGCUGCAGAAAUGAAUGGCCUUCCGACAGAAAAAGUAGAGGAGACAUUGAAGAAAAUGUCCGAAGACAUACAAUCUCAAUCUACAAACUCUAAACCAAACUACGCGGAUCUUUUCCAAAGUGCAUUACUUUUAAAGACAGUAUGCUCUUGCAUCAUCUGGCUGAUCGUCGGGUUGACGUACUACGGCUUCAAUCAAUACAUCAGUCAGACCAGUUCAGAUCCUUUUAUUACUGUUGCUGCUGUUGCUGUUAUUCAGUUACCAUCAAUCCUGUUCUCAAUAUGGCUUCUACGGCAUUUUGGACGCAAAACGGCAGUUAUAACAUUCUUGACAAUAGGAGGCCUAUGUGUUUUGACACUAGGUCUCGUUCCAGACAAGUUCUGGAUAACUCUAACAUUAGGAUGCAUAGGUGUUAGUUGUGCAUCAGUUGUCGCCACUUGCAUUUACAUAUACACAUCAGAACUUUUUCCAACAGUUGUCAGGAAUAUGGGAAUGGGUGCAUGUUCCACGUUUAUGAGAGUAGGUUCUAUGGUUGCUCCCUUCGUCUCAGAUUUGUCUGUGACUAUCCCUUGGCUGCCAACUAUUAUUUUUGGUGCGGCUCCUGUCGCAGCCGCUUUAGUUUGCGUUUUGUUGCCAGAGACUAAGGGUACUGCAUUACCUGAUAGUAUUAAUGAAGUGAAAGACAAAGUG